UACACAAUGGACCUUCGAGGAAGUUAGUAAGAGGUUGUAGUUGUUUUUCUAAACGACAACUUAAGUUGAUAUCUAUGUAGCCUUUGCAUUUCAUCAAACGUAUUGACGUAAUUUACUAUUUGUUUUCUCCUAAAUACUGAACGCUAGAUAGUUGAGCUAUAUGUAACGUUAGCUAGCUUAGGUAACGUUAGAGGAUUAGCUUUCAUCUGCCCAAUUUAUCUCCUACAGCUCAAUGUGUUUUUAAUAGUUACCUAGCUAAUGAUGUUCUCGGUUUGACUAACGAUUUAGAAUGGCAAACUAAGCCAGCCAGUUCCCCGCACAUAUUUAGCUAGCUAACUCGUGUGUUUGAUCGAUGGCACUGAUACUUCUGCUUUUGUCCGUUGGAGGAAGAGGAAGAUGACAGAGUAAAGGGAUUGACGUGCUGACUGAGACACCAGACCACAGCGGGAAAAGAGACUGGCUGACGGACAGGACAGCGAGGCAGACAAAGAAGAGGAAGAAUGCCGAGGAGAAAACAGUCGAACCCACAGCCCGUGAAAUUAGACGGUGUGGAUUGUAAUCCAGGAUGCCUGGUUCUGGACAGUGACUUCCUGCUUAGUGGAGAGCUCUGUGAGUUUGGAGACACGGAGAUCAUGGGGCUGGACAGAGACACAGCCAUGACGGUGUUCUCUCUGAGUGAUGAAAGCUCCAGCCUUCCAGCUCCGGAUGACUCCGCCUUCCCAGCAUUCCUCUCCUGUAAGGGGUGUGGUCAACUGAUUGGGGCCGACCUUGACCUAGGAGCGGGACUACACUUGGGGGUGGGACUCUACUGCACGACCUGUGAGGAGGACGUCCAAUCAGAAUCUCACACAGCCUUGGAGGACACCUCACAAGGGGAGGAGUCAACCCCAGCCGUCCAAUCCCAUGCGGUGCAAGACAGGAAGAGGAAGAGAAGUAAGGCGGGUGAUGAAGAAGCCUGUAUGAAGGUGUACACGUGCUCUCUGUGUAGUUUCUCCUCUCGCUACUCCAACCAUCUCAAACGCCACAUGAGAACCCAUGACGGAGAGAAGCCCUACCGCUGUCCCCACUGCCCCUAUGCCUCUACACAGAGGGUGAACCUGCAGAGACACACGCGCACACACACCGGGGAGAAGCCCUACCUCUGCAACGCCUGCAGCUAUGCCUGUAGUUCCCUGGGGAACCUGCGCAGGCACCAGCGCUCGCACAGCCAGGAACCCCGGGCGCAACACACACUGAAGAGACGCAGCAGACGAAAACACACACACCGAGGAAACGCUGAAGUUAAGAGCACACAAUCAGAUGCCAUGGUGUCAGACCUGACAGUGUGUAUGAGGGAGGACUCUGAUUUCCUCCAGAACCGAGAGGGGGUAGCCUCUCCCUCCUCCCCCCGUCUCCCCCCCUCCGCUCCCCUCCCUGACCUCCUCUUCCCCCUCUGCUGUCGCUCCUGUGGCCUCACCCUGGAGGGAGAAGGAGGAGAGACUGAGGAGGAGGAGGGCGGAGGGCAGGUGUGUAAUAAAUGUUCAGAGUCUCUCAUCUCCAAGAAACCAGGGUCCCCCAGCCCCACUGACACCCUCCAGUCAGGGGCCAGCAAGCUGUACCGCUGCCCCCUCUGCCCCUUCCUCUCCCUCUACCCCAACCACCUGGCCCGACACGCCCACACCCACAGCGGGGAGAAGCCCCACCGCUGCCCUCAGUGCCCUUACGCCUCGGCCCACCUGGACAACCUGAAACGCCACCUCCGGGUCCACACGGGGGAGAAGCCCUACCGCUGUCCCCAGUGCUCCUACGCCUGCGGGAACCUGGCCAACCUGAGGCGCCAUGAGAGGAUUCACUCUGGAGCCAAGCCGUUCCACUGCUCUGUGUGUGGCUACAGCUGUAACCAGAGUAUGAACCUGAAGAGACACAUGCUGAGACACACGGGGGAGAAGCCAUAUGGCUGUGCUGAGUGUGACUACACUACGGGACACUGGGACAACUACAAACGCCAUCAGAGGAAACACGGACACAACACCGAGAGCUGGGACAAACACACACACCAGGACACUACAGCAGACAGCUGGGACAAACACACACACCAGGACACUACAGCAGCAGACAGCGAGGGCUGGACCACACAAGAGAAAACGGAGAAACACACACCACCACAUACCACAGACCAACACUGGGUUCAAGAGACAGGGAACCAUAGCCAGGGAGAGGUGUAGUCGGGGGGAGGGGGGUGUGUUUAUUACACUAGUGACACCCUUCCUCUGUGCUCAGGCCUCAGAGGGGUGGGGCUUAUCUCAGGUGCCUCUAGAGGCGGAGCUACAUGAGCCGCCCGUACUGCAUGUCAAUGCUGCACUGACCUUUACCUUGGGUAUUAAAGGGCAUGUGGGCGUGCCAUUAAAGGGCAUGUGGGCGUGCCAUUAAAGGGCAUGUGGGCGUGCCAUUAAAGGGCAUGUGGGCGUGCCAUUAAAGGGCAUGUGGGCGUGCCAUUAAAGGGCAUGUGGGCGUGCCAUUAAAGGGCAUGUGGGCGUGCCAUUAAAGAUUGAUCUUGUUUUUGAAUGGUAACAUUCAGUUUUUAAUUCUGUGGAUUCAAUGUUUAAAAUGAUGUUUUGAUUGGAUUGUAGCCCAUUUCACAAUCAGGUUUUGAUUGGAUUGUAGCCCAUUUCACAAUCAGGUUUUGAUUGGAUUGUAGCCCAUUUCA